GUCUAAUUGUGUAUGUGUGUGUGUUUAGGUACAUAUGUAUGACUGUGUGUGUAAGUGCGCGAUUUUAUGUGUUGAGCAAUAGAGAACACAAGGUGCAAAAACAACAGCAACACCAACAAAAUGUUUACAAAGAAAUCCCAUGCGGACGUGAAGAAAUCGACUCUGAAGCUGCAAGACUGUAAAAAGGAUUCAGCCUCCCGCCUGCGCCACCUGCGCAUGAUAUUAGAUAAUGUGGAUUUCGAAGAGUCUAAAUCGCUGUUCGAGACAAAUUACAGUCAUGUGUACUUCAUACUCUACGAUACCUUUAUUCAGGCCGAGGCCAAUCUGAAACAAAAAGUGCAUAAGGCGCAUCGCGAGGAACUGGAUGGUUCAUUAUGGCUGCUCGAGAAGAUUCUGUGCCUGCUGCCGGAGCUGUUGGCGCGUCGAUGGCAAUGCCAUUCGCUGAGUCGCAUUAUGGCCAAACUUUUACAUUUGGGAAAUUCUCCAAAACUGCGACGCGAGGGUGUCAGAUACUUUCUACUAUGGUAUCAGACACUGGGCGAGAAUGCCCCUGGCUAUGUGCAUGCCAUGUAUGCGGAUCUAAUUCCCGGGCUUAUUGUACCCCAGAAGGGGAUCGCGGGGCCUGAUACCGAAUUUAGCGCGUCGGACUUUCUCACACAUCCCAAUAUGAAGGCAGAUGGAGGAAUGGCUUCUGUAUUCCAUGACAAUGCCUUUUCGCAUCCUGUACAAAGUUCUGAAGUAGUAGCGUUGCUUCCACCGUCUUCCAGCGAGAAGUCAGCACCGCCAGAUCCGAGGGACGGUCUGGAGGUGCUCCUCAAUAGCAUGGUCCAGACGGCGGCUUGUCUUCGGUGGCGUGACAACCGUGCCCAGAAAGAUCAUCGGGCAUUUGCGUUUCUUCUGCAGCGUUUCAUGGAUGUGUUUUUGCCCGUCUUCUCGCCGAAUUUCGAUGCCAGCUGCUCGAUAUAUAAUCCCCGAUUAGAAAUGCCUGUCAUGCGAUCAAUCAACAAAAAGGAGGAAGUAAUGGCCUCCUGUGUCGUGGUCCUGAUUAAUUGGGUCUCGCGAUUCACUCACGAGCGUUUGCUCAGUCACCGUCUGGACUGUGCCCUUCACAUCGAGGACGUGGAUCAUGUUCGUCUGCAGGGCUAUCAGCAGGGCCUAAUCGUGCGCGAUGUCUUUUAUGUAAGCCGCGAGAACAUUAAUUUCGUUCACGAAGUCUAUCGUCAGGCUUUCCUACUGAACUUCACAUCCAAAGCUCAAAUUGAGGCUAUUCGCACGGCCAUCGCUGUCUAUCGGGAUUGGAUGACUGGUGAUACGCCACCUCCAUUCUUGCUGGAGCCCAAUGAUGAUCCACCGCCCAUUUCAACGGCCGGCGGAACGCCACGGAGUCAGCGCCUGCGAACUCCCUCCUAUAUCGGAGCCAUGACCAGUUCAAAGGAUCAACUAAUGGUGCGUGCUGGCAGGCAAAAUGUUCUGCAAGUCUUUGUCACCAAUGCAGCGAAUGUCUUCCUGGUGAAUACGGCCAAUCUGAAUAUCUGUUUCCCCACCCGUUCGCGUAACUAUCGUUCCACGCCAUUGGAAGAGCAGACAGAGAUUUGCAAGAAGGUUCUCAACGUUUAUCGCACUAUGGUUAUGAACACGGAAAUGGAUUCGCGAACAUGGGAGCAAUUGCUGCUGGUUUUGCUACAGGUCACCUCAGUCGUGCUCCAUCAGAAUCCCUAUCCCCAUCCACAUCCACCGCAAGGCGGCGGUGGUAACAUCUCCAAGAGUGCAACUCUUGGUGGAAUAUUGGGAUCAGCUAUUUUCCAGACGCUGAUUGUUACAUGGAUUCGUGCGCACACCAAGGUGCCUGUCAACGUGAUACUUUGGGAGAAAUUUCUCACAGUUCUUCAGUCACUGACACAUCGGGAGGAGCUAAUUGUUGAAUGGAACAAAACAAUUCAAACUUUAACGCGAGUUUUUUCCCGAUACACCUAUGGGAUAAGUUUGUUGGACCUGCCUCUGGAUCGGGUGGCCGAAAGCCGGGCCGAGAAACGUCGGCGCAUAGGCAGUGUGUGGCAAGGAUCGGGUAGCACAGCCACUGGAAGUGCCGCUUCGUCGGCUGUAAGUCAGAGUCGUCAGCGGGAAUCGUUGCCCGAGUUUAACAGCAGUCGGUCAGAUGAGAACACGGGCUCCCAGCCUCCGUCGGCCAUUACACACCAUACCCGCCCCAAUCACCAGCAUUCACAAUCCCAUGGUGGUAAUGCCAUCCCAGGACAGGGCUCACGUCCUGUACCAUUGACUCCCAUGCUUAGCCGAAGCUAUAGCGAGGGUAGCUUAGCCUCGGCGGCCAGGAAUUCGCGUAUUCGUCGCCGACGGGCUGCCACGCCCAAACCGAAGGCUUUACAUCAACACGAAGAGCAGACACCACCUAAUAAUGCACAGGAUUUGAGGCGAGCCAUCUCUUUGGACUCUCUGGCGGCUAUCCCAUCGAAAAAGACCGAUGUGGAUGAUACCGAUAGUUAUCGGGGGGAGGCGGAUAAUGAGAGCGGACCUGGCUCAAGAAGCCCAUCCCCCACGGCUAGUAGUGGGAUUGAAGGAGGAUCCAUUAAGGAUGCCCAAUUGCAGAUUGAUGCCAGUCUGGAAGAUGGAAACUCCGGUAGCUACGGCAGCAAUAGUGGAUCAGGAAGCAUUUCAGGACGCCGUUGCAUCAUUCUCGGGGGAUCAGCAGAGGGAUGGCAUCCCGACUCCACAUCUAUUAUGUGGAAGCGCAUGCUUGGAGCCUUGGGCGAUGUGAAUCGCAUUCCCAAAGCUGAUUUGCAUGCCCAGGUUUUCAUGCAUCUUCUGGAGAUGACUCAGAACUUGAUAAAGAUUAAACAGAAUCAGGGCAUAUCUACGGACAAUCAAAGUACUCCACCGCCGCCCACUCUAGUGCCGCCUAUUGGCAUUGUGGCACCCUGGUGCUAUGGCUCUCUCAGCUUGGAUCGAUCCUUUAAGAAAGGCAAGCUGUGGGCCCUCCAAUUGCUUUGUUCCCUGGCCAUCCAUGGAGCCGUCGGCAUGCAGCAGCUGCCAUUGUUUUAUCAUGCCUUGCAUCAGCUUCUUACUGGCGAAGAUCGCGAUCUAAUCUAUGCGAUACUGAAGCAUCUAGAGGGGCCGCGACUAUUGAGUUUGCUUUUGCCUGGGCACACUCUACUUCUGCUGGAUCUGGUACACGCAAGCGCCAUAUUGCUUACCUCUUUGGAAGUGCAACGCAAUGUUACGCCCAGAGCUGAGGUGGCCGCUCUCUUAGGUUCACUGCUCUGCUAUCCCUCGUCGCUGUUGACACGUCCCGUUCUCCAGCCGACGCCGCAACAAUUCGAACUGAUGGAGUGUCCUGAUCUGCAGGAUCAUAUCUUAAACAUUAUGCUGCGCUGUGCUCGGCGUGAACCCUCCGCCAAAGCUCGAUGUAUUGCUCUCUGCCAGUUGGGCCAGUGGUUGCUCCUGCGUCUCUCCCCGGUUGCGUCAUCCAGUGCAGCUCGCGCCGCAUCAGGUGGAUUUCAACAAGCUGUCCCCCAUCCAAAGAAUGUGCACCCAAAGGAAUCAGCGGCCAAUUUCAAUCCUCGCAUAAAGGAAGUCCUACAAGUUUUGCUUCACGCACUCCAGUUUAAGCAUCACACCAUUGCCAUGGUGGCUGUCGAUUCGCUUAAAUUGUGUGCGGAACGUGGACCCCAAUUGGCGGCCAUCGAGCGAGUUCCUCAGCUUAUUAUUACGGCACUAUGCAAGGCACUGGAAAUACAGAAUGUUACCAAACCCAGGGAUUCGGAUAAGGUUGUGCUCACAUCACUGAUGCUUGGUCUCGGCGAGUUCUGUAUGGCUAUUCCCUCGGCUCUGAUGCUGGCCCCGCUCAAUGAACAGGGUGAUACUCUGAUUCUUCAAGUUUUGCGGGUUCUCCUCCAGGUGGCAUCUGGUGCCCCGCGCCACGAGCGUGUCAAACUAACGGCCGAUGAAGAUUUUGACAUGCAAAUUGUGAACGACGAUCUGCAGGGGGAUGGACAAUUGCCAGGGGCCAACUAUCAGACAUCCGAGACGAUUCAGGUGUGCAUAACAGCCAUUAAAUUGUGCGCCAAGGCGGUAACAAUGAAGCUAAUCACUCACCUGGGACACUUUCCCAUGGGCAUUGGAGCAUCGCGACUCAGUUCAAUGGUUGAGGAGCAGGAUGAUCUGCCCAGUGGGACGGGCGGCAAUCAAUUGGCAGACAAUCGGCGCGACUCUGUGGAACUGCCAUCUGUAGUCCACGCUGCAAAUAUGCAACUUUUUAUGCUUAACUCUGGCCUCGUUGCCAGUUUCAUUGAAUUGCCCACACUGAAGUUGCCGGGCGGAGGAAUAACUGCUGGAUUAGUUACCGCUGAGAAGCAAGUGCGGGUACUUAUGCGGGACUUGAAUGGAAAAGCCUGCUGGGACGCGUCCAUUCUCUAUUCGGAGCCGCGUAACUCAAAGCCGGACGAGAUGCCCCUGCGAAGGUUUUCAAAGAUUGCAACUAACACCCAAGCACAACCAUUGGAUUCGAUGGUUUCCUCGAUUGUCGGACUGGAAGUCCAGGCGCCGAGGCAUACGCUGCGUCAUCGGCCUGCUGGUGUCCUGCCAUUGGCCAAGGACAUGGCUCCCGACUUGGACCAGUUGGACGACAUGUUGGCUUACAUUGGACACACAAGUCCCGAGUGUGUGCCGCCCACAGUAACGCAAUUGAAUGCGCCCAGCAGCAGUCCUAUCAGCAGUAACCAGGAGGCACAGGCAAUCUCUGUUAUUCUCAAUCAGCGAGUACUGGAACAAGAAUUUGUAACACAUUCGGCACAAGCUCCGCAGCCAGUUUUAAGGCAUGCCAGCUCCAGCUCUUCGUUGCAACAACAACAACAGGCGGAUCAACGAUCCGUGCAUUCGACCACAUACGAUUCCCUGCCCAAUCGAACGGAAAUGCCGUUCCAGUAUUGUCGCUUGCUCUUUGCCCACUUAGGUCUAGCCGGUUGGGAGCGACGAUCGCGCACUCAUUUACUACAACGAAGCGAGAAACUGAUGCGUGAACUGCGGAAUGUUGAUUUGCAGAAGUGCCGCGAGACUCACAAAAUGGCCGUGAUUUAUGUGGCCGCCGGGCAAGAGGACAAGGGGAGCAUAUUGAAGAAUACCAGCGGUAGCAGCACUUAUGAAAUGUUCGUCUCGGCCCUCGGUUGGGAAAUCGAUUUGGAAACGCACAAUGGUUUUCUGGGCGGCUUGCCACGUCAGGGAUGUGGGGCAACAGCCCCCUACUAUGCCACACCCUUCCUGGAGGUAAUCUAUCAUGUGGCCACACGUAUGCCCUCCGAUUCCUCGGAGGCGAUGCUCCUGAAAACGCGUCAUUUGGGCAACGAUGAGGUGCAUAUAGUGUGGAGCGAACAUCAUCGGGACUACAGACGCGAUAUUCUACCCACAGAGUUCUGUGAUGUUCUCAUUGUGGUCUAUCCGCUGAGAAAUGGUCUCUUCCGUGUAACUGUGAAUCGCAAGCCGGAGGUGCCCUGGUUUGGUCCCCUAGCGAAUGAGAGUGUUGUCAGUGGAGCCUGUCUGGCCACUUUGAUACGGGCCACAGCAAUCAAUGCCAGUCGCACCAAACGAUCUGCCUUACCCCUCUACCAGCAAUUCUACGAGGAGCGUAAUCGGUCGUUGGACAGUGUCUCGUCGCGUUAUAAGGAGAGCACAACAUUUGAGGAUUUCGCAAGUCGCAUAUAUAAUCCGAUGCCUUUGUCCACAAUGGGCACAUUGAGGGAAUCAAAUCCAGCUCCCCUUGCCUCCGCUUUGCUUGAUCACAAUCGUGCCUCCGUUAAGGGCUGGGUUCAGGCGUCCAUUGAUGCGGCUCCCAUGCUGGGCAUUGUCCCAUCUGCCUCAGCAGGCUCUACAGCGGCCAUGGAAGCAGCCGCUGCCAAUAGUGUGGCGUCCGCGUCACCACGCGGUCCCCGUAAAUUGGGUGCCCCAUUCAAGAACGUCACCAAAAAGCAUUCGCUGCAACAUAUUGUCGUUGGAGCCGGCAGCAGCACUGGCAGCGGAGACACACCGCCAGAGAGUCCAACAUUGCCACAGCGACGACUUAAAUAAUAAUAUUUGGCAUUUUCAAAUUAGUUUUGCCUUUCUCUACCAUCUUUCCACCAUAUUGCACUAAUACACAAAUCUAGUACUCAUUCCUCCCCGAAAUUAUUCCCCCACCCCACCCUCCAGAGAGCAGAGAGUUCUAUUGCAAAUGAAAAGUAUUGCGAAACACGUUUCCUCCUACACAUACAGAACAUACAUUUAUUAAUUUAUUUGUUAUUUUAUUUUUAUUCCUACUUAAAUUAAGUUUAACCAAUCUUUGUAUUAACCUUUUACAUAUUUAUUUUCGCCACCACAAAACACUCUCUUACGCCCAUUUCCAAAUGCAACACACACACACACACCCAAUCCGUGCGUGUGUGUGUGUGGUUAAGUCUAUAAUAAUUAAUACUUGCAUACAUGCCUAUAACAUAUAGUGUAACGACUCGCUACGAUUUGUUACACAACUCCGAAUUUUAUUUAGUUGUUGAUAAUUUUGAAUGAAUUUCUUUUACAUAUUGAUUUCGAAUGCAAUUCCAUGUUACGUCCACUCAAAAUGAAU